GCGGGGCCGGACGGGGCAGUGCCGAGCCGAGCCGCGAUGGAGGGUGCCGAGGCGGCCAGCUUGCUGGGGGAGCGCAGCCUGGGGCCGCCGGCCGAGUUCAAGACGUACCGGCGGCGGUGGUUCCUGCUGGCCGUCGUGUGCCUGCUGAACUGCUCCAACGCCAUGCUGUGGCUGACGUUUGCUCCUGUGGCUGAUAAGACAGCUGCUUACUUCCACAUUUCCCUGGAGACGGUCAACUGGCUCUCAAUGGUGUACCUCCUCAUCUCAAUCCCAUUUGGUCUGGUGGCAACAUGGGUUCUCGACAGCGUGGGGCUCCGAUGUGCUGUGGUCCUGAGUGCAUGGCUGAACAUGGUUGGUAGCAUCACCCGGAUGUUCAGUGUUCUGAAGUUCCUGAGCUUGGGUUCCCAGAGUUACUGGUACCUGUUUAUUGGGCAAUGCUUCUGUGCAUUAGGACAGCCUCUUAUCAUCUUUUCACCAACAAAGCUGGCAGCACUAUGGUUCCCAGACCACCAGAGAGCAACAGCAAAUAUGAUUGCAUCAAUGUCCAAUCCCUUGGGCAUUCUUAUAGCAAACUUGCUGUCACCUGCACUAGUUCCUGAAGGAAAGCACAUUCCAUUGAUGCUGGGUAUUUAUGCUGUCCCAGCAGUAACAGCCUGUGCUCUAGCAACUCUGGGGAUUCACGAGAAAGUCCCACCAACGCCUCCAUCAGCCAGUGCCACCAACUCCAACUCACAGCCAUUCUUCACUGGGCUCAAAAUGCUCCUGAGAAACAAGCCAUACAUCAUCCUGGCAGUGUGUUUUGGAGGAGGAAUUGGGAUGUUCACCUGCUUUUCAGCUCUGCUAGAACAGAUCCUUUGUGAAAAGGGGUAUUCAAAUGAUUUUGCUGGCCUAAAUGGUGCACUGUUCACUGUGUGUGGUUUGUUGGGUGCUUUCCUGCUAGGCAUGUAUGUCGACCGGACAAGGAAGUUCAUAGAGUCCACCAAGAUUAGUUUCUGUCUGAGUGCACUUGCCAGCAUCAUGUUUGCAGUGACUUCUCGGUUCAGACAUCAAGCCAUCAUGUUGGCCAUCACCAGUUCACUCUUCGGUUUCUUUGGUUUUGCCAUCUACCCCAUUGCCAUGGAGCUGGCUGUGGAGUGCUCCUACCCUGUGGGAGAGGGCACAUCUACAGGCCUGAUUUUUGUUGCAAGCCAGAUUGAAGGUGUGAUUUUAAUGAUUCUUCUACAAGCUCUCACCGUCCAUGUUUCUGAGGAUCCAUUCUCCACCUGCACCCUUGACAAGGAUGGAGCACUGGACUGGACAACUCCGGUACUGGUGCUGGCUGGCCUCUGUAGUGGUAUGGCUUGUUUCUACGUCAUCUUCUUCCAUACUGACUACAAGCGGCUCCGUGCUGAGACAAUCAGUGCUGAUUUGGUCAAGGCAGAGGAUACAGCAACAACAGAUGUUCCUGAAUCCUAAACAGGCCAAAAAGGGGAUGCCAAGGGCUAAGGACUCAGACUUGUGGGCAUGGACCAAUCCUGAGCUGGUACACUGGGAUAUCUGUGUCCUGUUGCAUAACAAGCAAGGACUAGAGCAAAUGGCACCUUUGCUGUGCAUCCCUCAGUCUUGUGUUUAUUUGGGGAUCUGGGCUGUGAAAGAAAGGCUGUCCUGUCCGAAAGAUCAAAGCGGGAAUGAACAACUAUGCACACAACUGAAAUUUUUAGCUGACUUGAUUCAAGCUAAAGAAAUGUUACAGUACAGGGUAGCAUCAUACUUCAGCCAUUUUUUUAUUUUCAUGUACAUGGAUCAAGGGUGAAGGUUUUCAGAAAGAUUGAACCCAGUGGAAAACUUCUAUUUAAGGGCUGUGGGUUCUUGUACAGCAUAACAACUCUUCCACUCUGGUUUGAGCUAAUUGUGCCUCUUAGCUAAAGGGCAGUAGAUGCUAGAGCGUCGUUCCAUUCCAGCAGGGAUGUGUAAGUAUGUGACCUGUAAUACAAGUCUGUUACAAUGAGUCACUAUCUUCUCCUACAAGAGAAGAAAAGCCUUGCCUGUAGUGCUGCCUGUAAGAGAAGAUAUCAGUAAGCAGCAGAAUUGAAUACAGCAGCAUUUCCCACCCCCCUCUGGCUCCCUGCUAAAUGCUGAGACAUUCAGGAUUAACUUGUUUCACUUGGGAUUCUGUUUCUCCACCUCUCUUGCAAUUUCAGUGGUUUAAGUUUUCCAUAAGAAGAUGAACUUGCUGGUUUAGUAUUAAAUUAGCGUGAUGCUCUCCUAUAGAGCAUCACUCUUUGGGCAGUGACACCGUAGUGCCUGGCAUGGUGGAAGCCGGCAGAAGAACUGGCAAAGGUGACCCUUUAGUGCAGGGACUUGUCAUAAGUUUCUGCAGGUGACAGGGGCUUUGUGGGGGAAACCAAGUAAGAAACAACAUUAACACCUUCCAGUUCUCUCUGCAACUGACAUCUGUUCUUUAGUGUUAGAAGGGAUGGGAAGUGACACAAAAGAUCCCAUUUGGAGUUCAGUUACAGUGACAAUUACAGUGGCUACAACUGAAUUUUUCAUUUUACAGUACUUCCACAGCAGUGUAGUGUCCUGCUUUGGUGUUCAGGUCUAGGUGUACUACCUGAGAAAUUCUUAUGUUGUAACACAUAAGUGGUUAAAAAAAAAAAAUUAGAUAGUUGGGAUUUUGUGAUGCUUCUUACCAUAUGUAUUUCAAGGCAAUCUGAGUAUUUGCUGAUUAAGGGACCUUGGAUGCAAAUUGAACCUGUGACUAGCUUUAUCCACUCCAGAUAGAAGAUGAUCCCAAUGCUGAGGAACAUUGUACAAGAGUUCUCUCAGUGUCUGAUUUCUCUUCCCCAUUAGCAACUGGAAAACUUUGCUGAGGGACAGCAAAGUUUCCCUUAGUAAAACACCCGUUUGCACCCUUCUAGGGAGCCUGCUCAUUCCUACAGCUCCAGCCUUGCUCUCACUAGUAAGCACUGAUAUUUGUCAAAAGGAGCAGGAAAGAAGUCUGAAACCAAAGUGAAACAAGAGUGCUUAAACCUGUCAGAGGAAUGAGAUUAGCUGCCUUUUGCAAAACUAACUGGUCAGUUCUGCAGCCCUGGAACUAACACACCAAACAGAUUAACACUAAGUUUACCUGCCACUUUUGAAUUCCACUGUACUGGGAAGCAAGAAGCACUUGAUACUUUAUAAUUUUAUAUAUUUACAAAUGUUUAUGUUUUUUAAUAAAGGGUGGUUUAAGAAAAGAUUAA